GGUUUCGAGUAGCAAUCCUCUCAUGUGAGCGGUCUAGACGAGUGCAGUGGAAGAUGUUGCAUUUCAACAUGUCGAAGCCUCUGCGGAUGCGCGCACGUGUGGGCCGUCCUCCGAAGGACUUUCUUUCUCUGGACGAAGCGCGCGUAAUCGUGCAAGAAGCGAAACUGAGGAACAAGCCCUCUUUUACGCGUUGGCUCAAGCAGAAUCCAACGCACGCGAUCCCCACCAAUCCGGACAGAGUGUAUUUGAAUCACGGGUGGACCGGCUACCGCGACUUUCUGGGUUACGGGAGUCGGCGGGCAUCCCGUCUCAAAGAAGCAACAGCCGAUCCAUUCAGAAGCCGAGUUUCCAGUAAGUGCCAUUCGCAGCGGAUCCAAGCGAUAAAUCUUGUGUGCGACGCAAUUCGCCGAGGCGCUGAAGAAAAGCAGGUACAAAUCGAAGUCCGCAUGCUACCACUCUACGCGUCAGCCGCCUUUCUUUUCCGUGUGCGCCCUGCAGGAGGAAAGAAUGUAGAAGCGUUGCACGAGCAGGAAGAGCAAGAAGAUGCGUGGCUGCCGGUGGUAGUGCGGUCCGCGGGGGCACAACUUCGACGAGAACAUGCGAUAAGUCAGGGACACAGCGAUGACGAGGCGCAGUUUGGAAGCAAUACUGCAAGUUUAACCAUCCCCGUCCCAUACUCAACAGACCAGUCGGCUACAACGGAGGACUCGUCUACAUCGUCAGUCUCGUCUCUUUCCGGGUCCACGUUUUGGAGGUGUAAAUUUAACAAAGCGUCCGCACUGUUUGGAAUGCCACUUCUUUGCAUCGUGCCGGAUUCUCAAGAGAUGAUGCUCACGACUUGCGCGUCGAAUGUAAGGUGCGCACUUACUCCGCAGGAGAUCAAGCGCUCCUGCAUCAACUUUCAAGCGACAUCGGACAGCUCCGCACUAGUAAACUUCCUCAUGGAGCAUUGGAACCUUCGGGAACAAGACGAGAAAAAGUCCUUUCACAUUUGGACGGACUGCCUGACUCACGGACCACUUGAUGCCGUUCACAAUCGCGGAAUUUUUUUUCUGAACCAGUUUUUGUACAAGCCGCUCGGGCUGCCGCUCAACUUCUGCACGACGGAGCACUACCGCAACACCCUCUACAACGCGAAGGUCGGAGAGAACCGCGUCCUUCAUCGAAAGGCAAUGAAGAUACGAGCAGCAGAAAAGUACGAGAGUUCCGGAUACCGAGUCAAAGUCGAAUCGCACCGGUGUCCUGAUGGGCUUGUAUUUUCCGGGCCAAUGAGCAAUUUCGAUACUUUCGACUUUUUGAUAGCGUUCUAUAGCGGGCCGAUUGGAGGGUCUGAUACUUCAAUCCAUGGCGUUUUCAUUAUUCCCCAGCGUAUACUUUUAGAGAAUUUGAAGAUUGAAGACUCAGCUGCAUUCUAUGCCUGGUUGACACUGUAUAAUCCCUGGGCAAAACCGCGGCUGAUAAAUUCGAGGAGAAACCGUGCCUGGCAAGCACCCUUUUUCAUCGAUUUUUUCGACAUAGAAAACGACCCGGACAAAGCCGGCGCAGCCCUGGAGAAAGCGAAAGCGAUAUUCGCGGAGUAUGGAAAGUGAUGAAAUCAAAAUCUUAACUCGGUGGCCACGCUCUCUAGCAUGCC